GCCACUGCAGUAAACAACAAUUAUUUACAUUAUUUUGUAGAACAUAAUUUACUGGGUAAUGGCUGAUUUAGUACGCGGAGAAGCCUCUGAAUCGGAUGAGGAGCUGCAGGACAAGCACAAGAUUUUCGCAGCUGAAGUUUCUGGUGAGGCUUCAGAGGAUGAUGAUGAAGACAUUUACGAGCAACAUCAAAGCAGCAGCAAGUUGAACAGCACUGCCUCCAUUUACAGGAAUAAUCUGCUGCAACGCAAACUGAUUGAAAACAACAUUGCUAUUUGGAGAUCUCUCGCCGCUUUCACCCGCAGCUUUGUCCUAAAUGCCUCCAAGCAACUGGUGACUACUGACCAAAUGCUCAUCAAAUCGCAGGUCAAUCUACAAUCGGCACACACAUCUCUCCAGCAGGCCCAGAGGAAUGCUCAGGAACUUCAGUCCAGGGUGGCUGCGGUGAUGACCAGCAGCUUCCUACCACACAUAAACACCCAGAAAGCUAGCUGAUUUAUAACCUAUGCUGUAUUUUCUGAUAAACGAUCAAAUCUAGGCUAA